ACUGCAUCUGAUUCUUCAUCUCUAAUCUGCAAAUAAUACAGCUUGAGUUGUUCUCGAAAUCCAAUCAAUUCAUACACCCACAAGUCCCCAACCACAUCAACAAUGUCUCGCAGAUUCGCUACAUACGGUGGUCUCGCUGCUGUUGGUGGUGCCACCUACUACCUCUACAGCGCUGGAGGUGACCCAAAGCUCGCAGAGAAGAAGGCUGAGCACGAUGCUGCGACUGCCGCACGCAAGCUAAGAGGCGAUUACCCUGGCCAAGACAAGGAAUUGAAAAAGGCUGGUGAGGAGGGUUACGAGGCAGUACGUGCCCGCGCCGAGCAAUACGCCGACCAAGCCAGGGCGGAAGCCAAGAAGGCUGAGCAAAAGUUAGACACCUAUAGCAGAGAUGCGAAGAAACAGUAUGAGGAUGCUAAGCUCAUUGCUGAGAAGGAGUUUCAUGCAGCUGGCAAGCAGGUCAACGCUGCGGCAAACAAGUUCGAUGCCGUCGUAGAGGACAAGGCCGCCAAGACAUCGUCAUGGUUUGGCGGAUGGUUCGGCGGAAAGUAGGCGAAGAGUGCAGCAUCUAGUCAUGUAAUGUUAAUAUGGGAAGAGAAGAACUGUUAUUGGGACCUUGCAUGAGCUUUGGAGUCUAUGGGCGGCUUCUUUUCAUCUCAAUACGACUUGAUACAUUUGCGCC